AUGCCUUCAGCAUCAUUCCUCAGCAAAAUCCAUCGCGAACCGACAAACAGUCCUCAUCACCGGGGCGACCGGCAUAGCUAUUCCAUCGCGAAAGCCUUCGCCCAAGCAGGGGCCGCUCGAAUCGUGCUCGCCAGCCGAAACGCGGCGACCAUUCGAGGAUCGUUCGCGGACAUUAAGAAGGAUGUUCCAGGGUACAAGGGUGCACUGAUCUCGAAAGUCUGCGAUGUCGGCGACACCACCAGCACAGCAAAGCUCUGGGAGUCGUUGAAGGCGGAGGACAUCGUCAUUGAUGUGCUGGUGCUGAAUGUCGCCAUCAAUGGAGCUCGUGGGCCUCUGUUCGACACGGAUCUUGAACUCAUCGCGAAAGAAUUUUUUGUCAAUGUCCUGUCGCACAUCCACUUUGCGCAGAAGUUCGUGAAGCAGAAUAGUGAAGCGCCUAAUGGUCACAAAAAGGUCUUGAUCGAUAUCUCAUCCGUGGUCAUCCAUGAUCCGGUAGCAGUCGCAUUCAUGCCCAACUAUACGCUGACCAAGAGCUCGAGCACAUACGCCAUGCAGCUGAUCGCCAAUGAUCUCGAUGCCAAUGAGACGCAGGUUGUCAGCUUCCACCCAGGUGCAAUUUACACUGCUGCCGCCAAGGCGGCCUUCGAUGGGAAAGCCAAGAGCGAGGUCGAUAUACCAUUCGACGACGAUGAUCUCCCCGGCGCUUUCAGCGUAUGGGCAGCUUCGGAUGAAGCGAAGUUCAUCCAUGGCAGAUUCGUGUGGGCAGCCUGGGACGUUGACGAAAUGAAGGCCGGCGAGGUUGCCAGUCGCGUGAAGAGUGAUAUCUCCUUCCUCAAAGUGGGAGUUCCGGGUCUGACUGUAGGUGAUAUCCGAGCAUAG